UAAAAUCACCCUAUAUCCAUCUUUUCGCUUCCGUUUACUUGUUUGGGUUGGAGAGAGAAAGCAAGAGAAGCCAAAACCAGCUGAAAAAGACCCAACCUUUCAUCCCAGACCAACUCUCUCACUAUUCGAUUCUGGCGAUUCCUCACCGGAAAGCUCCCGAUUCCGGCUGAAUGGUGGCCACGAGCUCCCCGGACUGGCUCCCCGCUGGCUGGAGCGUCCAAUUCAGAGCGCAGAACAGGGGUCGCAGAACUGCGAUUUACACAGAUUUGGAAACUGGGAAAAAGUUCUUCUCCAAGGAUGAUGUUAUACGCUAUACUAAAAAAGCCACCAACCGUGGUGAAGAGCCUCAGCGUACAAAUACCAAAAACCCCUCAGAUAGAAGUCAUUCGCAACUGGCAGCAAACACAGAUGAAUAUCCUGAAUGGUUGCCAGAUGGUUGGAAAGUCGAAUUGAGAACUCGAAAAACUGGCAUUCAAGUUGGAAGGGAGUACAAGUGUUACAUUGAUCCGUUGACGGAAUGUACAUUUUAUUCCAAGCCAGAGGUAUUUCGAUACCUGAAAACUGUAAAGCGCAAGAGCUGCAAAUCCAGAAGUCACAAAAUGGUAAACCGCAAGAGAUGUAUAAUCAAAACGAAGACUAUCACUGCCGUGCAGUUGCCAAGCAAAGUUGUGGUUGAGAAGCAUAAUGUGGAAGAUUUACCACCAGGGUGGAUAUUGGAGGUCAAAGUUAGAAAGGUUGCAAAUCGAAUUAGAAGAGAUCCGUAUUACACUGAUCCAGUGCAUGGAUAUGUCUUCCGCUCCAAAAAGGAAGUUAUCCGCUACCUACAAACUGGAGAGACCAGUAAACAUACAAUCAAACCAAAGAGCAUGGGCACCAAUGAUCUAAAGUUGACUGAUGAUGAAAUUGCACUGUCAUCUGCAACUAAAAAGCAAAAAUUGAAGCACCCUGUCACCAGGCGGCAGCUUUCUGAAGCUAAAAAGAGUUAUGAACCGAGUGGCCUAGACUUGCAAGAAACUGAAAACUCCAAAUUGCAAGACAAGAGGCCCACUGAAAGCAUAUGUGCUUUGGCUCCAGUUACUGAGGUUAUCCUAGAGAAGCAUUUCACUGAGAAUCUGGUUGAAGAAUGUGUAGAAACUAAGGGAGACUGUUCCCCAAGAUGGUCAUCACAACCAAAAGCUGAACCAUCUAGCAAACACGAAGGCAAAAGGUCAUCACAACCGCAAGCUGUACUCUCUAACAAACGUGAGGCUAAAAGGUCCAAGUUGCAAGACAAGAGGGUAACUGAUGAUAGCAAAGUUGCUUUGGCUCCGACAGCUGAGGCUGUCCCACAUGAGCAUUUAAGUGAGAGUGUGGUUGAAAAUUGUGCCAAAACCAAGGAAUAUUGUUCUCCAAGCAAGUCAUUACAGCCAAAAGCUGAACUCUCCAACAAGUGUGAAGAUCCUGGCAAAGUGGUUUUUUCUGAAGAUGACCCUGCUUUGACUCCUGCUGCUAACACCUUGAAUAAGAACUCACAUAUGAGUCGGAUGGAAAGGAGAAACACCAGGAGAUCCCAAAUAGAUGCAAGAAAAUCGAAACAGAAGGAAAAGCUUAAUUUGCCACGUCGGUCCUCAAAACGACUUGCUGGGCUUGAACCAGAGCCAGUAAAUAGCCUGGUUUCCACUGUACAGGCUCUUCAAGUUACAACUAGAAAGUCUAGUAAAGGUGAUGGCAGUCGAGAUGCCGGUUUGGCUUUAGAUGGUUUUGUAAAUAGAGCAUCUCAGCAGCUUGGGGAUGCAUCAGAAACAGAGGUUGCACAUCAUACUAUAACUGGAAUAAUAUCUACAGUACAAGGAGAGCCAUUGAGCAAGAUCAAGAGGCCAUUUGAUGGUCUUGAAGUACAGCCUGUAGAUACCAUGGUUUCCAAUGAACAAACUCUUCACGUUGCAACUAGAAAGUCUAGUAGAGGUGAUGCAAGUCGAGAUGCGGGUUUGGCUUCAAAUGAUUUUAUCAAUGGAGCAUCUCUGCAGCUUGGGGAUGCAUCAGAACCGGAGGCUGCACAUGAUAGGUUAACUGACAUAAACUGUACAUCACAUGGAGAAUCAUUAAACAAGGGCAAGACGUUUCUUGACGACCAAGUGGUUCCUAAAGAGCAACAUCAUAGGCUGGAACCUGAGAAAAUGGAUGCUGAGAAGCCUGGACCAGAGCUCUGCUUUCUGUUUGGAUCAGACCCAUGCUUAGAAUUUGCCUUCAAAACCCUUACUGGCGAAUUGCCAAUAGCUGAUGCUGUGGAUAACGAAUCUAUUUUGAAACCUGCAGCUGAUACAGUGCAAAAAGAGAACACACUUGACAUUGGGCGCUGCAGUAGAAAACCAAGGGCAAUUUCGAACAAAUCUAAGAAAGCUAAAGAACUUAAGUUACCUCAUCGGACUUCAAAACGGCUGGCUGGGCUUGAACCUGAGCUGCUGGCCAAACCUAUGUCCAGUGAAAGAGGUCUUCGAAAUGCAACGGCAAAGUCCUGUAGAAGUAUAGCCCUCCCAGCUGUAGAUUCUGCACAUGAAUCAUCUCAGCAGUUUGAGGCUGGGCAAGAGAACAAGGUUGCUCAUGAUUUGUGUACUGUUAUAAACCCUUCAAUUCAUGAGGAAUCAUUGAACAAGAUUGAGAAAUCUCUCAAGGACGAACCUGUUCCUGAGGAGAAACCCCGCGAGUUGGAAAUUGAGAAGGCAGCUGUCGAGAAUCCAGUGUCACAGUUUUCAUUCCCUUUCCUGGAUACUUGGUCUGAUCCAUGCCUUGAUUUUGCAUUUAAGACCCUUACAGGUGAAAUUCCGAUAGAGGAUGAUUUGUUUCAGGGUUACUUUCAGGAAAACCUUGUCACCUCUCACAACCAGAGAGAUAGCUUGGCACUGCCAGAUUUUGGCUCACCUAACGUUUUCCAAAGUGACAUAUCACCUCAGUUCGAUGCACCAGAACAGUCUGUCUCGGCCCAAUUGUUUCCCAUGAAUUCUUCUUUGCCACCUGCCGGAAAUGUGAGCUUGUCAAAUUGCAAUGGUGUUGGGUUCGGCCAACAGUUGUCCACGAAUUCUUCAUUUCUGCCUGCAGGAAAUUUGAGAUUUUCAAGUGGCAGUGGGGUUGGUUCAGGCCAACAUUUAUCCGUGAAUUCUUCAUUCUUACCUGCAGGAAAUGUGGGCCAGCCAAAUUGGAGCGGGAUUGGUACACAGAACCCUUGCUUAGCAAGCAAAAAGGAUUUUCAUGGAAAGGUGAAAUCCUAAACGAAAGGUAGCUCCUUUCUGUAAUAUUAGACAGCUUCUAAUCCUCUAUACUCGUAGAAACUUGUUAGCUGUACGUCUCUUGUGAUGUAGCUAAAAACUCGAUCUGAAUGUAACUUUAUUUUGUACAAUGUGUCGGUGCCGGAUUUUGCUCUGUAUCUAAAACUGAACUGCUGUAGGUACUGACAGAUAAAUGGAUCUUGGUGCUGUUAAUGAAAACCUUUUUUAAGUUG